GCCCUUUAAGCCCGCCCUGCUCCCUUCCCCGGUGCGUGACGAUAUCAGCGUGCGCCGCGCCCCUUUCCGUGCGCGGUGCGUUGGUUAAGUGCGACGGUUUCGUAUUGGCGGUUGUGGCGGGUGCCGAGGAUGCUGUUCUUUGGAGUUUAUUGCACUCGAUUAGGGAUCGGUUCUCAGAAUCAAGGAGUUAGAAGUGAGAUUUGAGAUAAGUGAGGCCCAUUCAGUGCUGCUUUGGACACCUCCGAAGGGAAAAUGGAGUUAUCAGGAUUGAAAAAGAAGAGUUUGCUAGGACUCAAAGAAAAUAAUAAAAAAUCCAACACUAGGGCUCCUUCACCAACCAAACGCAAGGAUAGGUCUGAAGAGAAAUCAAAGGACAGGUCCAAGGAUAAAGCAGCCACUAAGGAAUCGGGUGAAAAGGAUCGUGGUCGAGACAAGACACGCAAGAGACGCAGUGCUUCUAGUGGGAGCAGCAGUACUAGAUCCCGUUCCAGCUCAACUUCCAGUUCUGGGUCCAGUUCCAGCACUGGUUCAAGCAGUGGCUCCAGCUCCUCUUCUGCUUCAAGCCGCUCUGGGAGCUCCAGCACCUCACGCAGUUCCAGUUCCAGCAGCUCCUCGGGAUCUCCAAGUCCAUCUCGACGGAGACAUGACAACAGGAGGCGCUCCCGCUCCAAGUCCAAGCCACCCAAAAGAGAUGAAAAGGAGCGGAAGAGGCGGAGCCCAUCACCCAGACCUACAAAAGUGCAUGUUGGAAGACUCACUAGAAAUGUGACCAAGGAUCACAUCAUGGAAAUUUUUUCCACUUACGGAAAGAUUAAAAUGAUUGACAUGCCAGUUGACAGGCUAAAUCCACACCUGUCUAAAGGUUAUGCUUACGUGGAGUUUGAGAACCCAGAUGAUGCUGAGAAAGCCCUGAAACACAUGGACGGAGGCCAGAUUGAUGGUCAGGAGAUCACUGCCACAGCCGUGCUGGCACCACGACCCAGGCCACCUCCCAGGCGCUUCAGCCCACCCAGGAGGAUGCUGCCACCACCACCAAUGUGGCGCCGGUCCCCCCCUCGCAUGAGGAGAAGGUCGCGUUCUCCAAGGCGUAGAUCCCCUGUUCGCCGACGAUCAAGAUCUAGAUCUCCUGGACGAAGGCGCCACCGGAGCCGCUCUAGCUCAAACUCCUCACGAUAAAGCAAAAGAACUGGACAGCUGUUUAAUUUUUAACUUAAAUCCCAUCAGACUAAAUAUUGUACCUUUUUUUUCUUUUUUUUUAUAUAAUGGGUCUGGGUGAGGAGGAGUGUGAGAGAGAAAGAAUCCUGGCAGUGAAGGAAACCUAAAAGGAGAGAGCAACAGCCCCUGGCCAGUGUAUCACCUGUGCUGUAGGUUUCAAGUUUCCUGAUAUUGAAUCAAAAUGAUUUUAAAAUGGCUUUGAUUUUUAAAGGACGCAAAAACAUCUUUUCCUGCUAAAUGAAAGGAAAAUUUGGUGCAGUCUCUCUUUCUCCAGUUAGCAGGCUGCUGCUUGGUGAUUUUGAAAUGUUUAGCAUGCUGUUACAGACCAGCAUGUAAAUCUUGAGCUACUUCAAAAACCCUGUGUGGUAAGACAGGAAGGCAUUUAACCUGAGCUUGGGGUUCCAGCACAGAACUUCUCAGAGCAGCUGGAGCCCAGAUCUGCUGAGACUUAAAUUCCAAGCUGUUGCUUUAUCACAGCUCCCAGACAGCUAGUUUCUAACAGCGAGCUCUUCUGCAGAUUAAGCUCUUCUAACGCAUAGACGAGAAGCAACAGUCCAGCCCAUGAAACAUCAUGCUUUAGAAAAGAAGCCAGAAGUCUUAAGAACUGGUUUGUAGCGGCCCCUGUAAAUCGAUUUAUUUCACGUUCCCUUAACGGGUUUUUGUAAAACCUCCCGCAGCCCUGGGUGGAACAGUGCUUCUGCUUUUACAUGUCCCAAAUUGACUGGGUGAAUCCCUGGAGGCUGCUGAGCAGGGAGGUGCUGGCUGGAUUAGCUGGGCUUCCCUUGGGAAGUGCAGAGGAUUCACCGCCCUUUGUACAGUCAGUGCUAUACAGAUACUUUGGUUUGUUUUGUAAAACUUUGUAGCCUUUUGGGCCGUGUUGUGUUUGUACUUGUGUUAAGACUUGAAUAAAGCAGUAGACUGAGAAGA